AUGCAAGAGUGUAUUGAAAGAUUUUUCUCAAAUGUAUGGGGAGCAUGCUUUGGAUUCCAGAUAUGUGCUAUUUGUGUCACAACAGCAGGAUCUAUCUUAUCAUAUCGUGCCGAAAAAUACGGUUCCGGUUUACCAAUAUUUUCAUUAGGAACAGGAUAUUUCGUUGCAUGGAUUUCUCUUGUUUGGAAGUGGCAUAAGAGCGAAACAAAAUGGUGGAAUGCCAUUUUUGUUACUAUUUUCAUUGUUCCAGGUGAUAUUCUUGCGAUGAUAGGUUUUAGUAAAACAUCACUUGCAUCAGCCAUGCUUUUAACAAUGACUGUUGUAUUUUGGGUUGCACCGCUGUCAUAUUUUUACUUUAAAAGAAAAAUUAAUUGGAAACAAUUUAUUGCUAUAUUAUUUGGCCUUGGUGGAGUUUCAAUGGUUUUAGUAGCCCAAGGCACAAAAGGAAGUAAAUUUGUUGGUAACAUGAUUUCUCUAGGUGCUUCGAUACUUUUCGCAUUUGGAUCAAUUUAUCAAGAAAAGUGUGCAAAAGAAGAUGGACCUGUACUCUAUAUUUGUAAAUUUAUGACAUUAGCUAUUCCACUAACGUUUGGUUUAAGCGGGGGCAUUGAAUGGAAAGAAUUAAAAAAUUAUAAAUGGGAUAAACUUUCCAUAGGAUUGCAAAUUGCUUAUGCAAUAGCAAUAGGUUUAGUUUAUCUAAUGAUGGCACUUGUUCUUCCACAUUCGAAUGCAACAAUAAUGACUUUAAAUAAUUUAACCGGAAAUUUCUAUUCAUUAGCUAUUGAUAUUCUUUUCUUUCAUAGGCCAUUCAAGUGGCUCUAUCUUCUUGGUUUCUGCAUGGUUCCUGUCGCAAUUAUAUUCUUCGUCUUCUCAGAAACGAAAUCAGAGGAAUCAACGUCGAAUUUGAAUGAAAAACCAUUGCUCCAACCAUAA